CCUAGAAGUUUCGGGAGCCUUUUCCUGGCUGAAAUUUUCGAGAAGGUAAGUUUUUAUCCCUAUAAUUUUCGGAUCUCUAGACUUUCAGCUAGGAAAUGCGAACAGAUGAAAAGUUUUUAGGGGAUAAAAAUAUGCCUACAUCUACCGUUUGAAUAUUAAAAUACGUUCAACAAUGCUAUGUUAAGUGGUUUUGAACUAUAUGCUCUCAUAGACUUGUUUUACAAACUCCCCGCCCACUAUUUUACAAAAUUUCGUCAUUUUCCGAAUUCGAUGUAGCUCGAUAUAGCUGAAACAGUACCGGGUUGUAUCCGAUGCAAUUGGCAGUACUCGGACGUAUUAGUCCCGGUUAAGAACUGCAGAAAACUACUAAUACGUAGUUACUCGCCAGACGUACGCAUAACAGAGUUCCGGUUCCGGUUUGCAUUCCGUUAAUUGUCUUUUGUGAGAGUGUGUCAGGACGUUUCAGUUACUGAUCGUUACUUGAAAAAAAAAAAUUACAUGCAGUUUAAUCAACCAUGCAGUUCACUGGAAUAUUUUUUACUAUAUUUACAGUGGUGUUGCAAUACCGUGCCUUUCAACCCAAAUUUUUCUUUCUCGUGACAAGAGAAAAAACUUUUUCCCAUGAUUUAACGAGUUCUUCAUGCUGUUAGUAUUUCAAUUUUGUUGUAUUAGUAAAUUGUAACGCGGGUCACAUGUCAUUUAUUCGAUAUUUACUGCGCCAGACUGCCGAGAUUGGCCUCACUACGAAUUUAGUAACUCUUAAGAACCAAGAGCCAUAAUGGCUCUUGUUAGGAACCAAAAAGCACGUACUGAUUCUGAAAUUCUAGUCCUUCGAUCGAGUUACUUGUGGUCUCACGGUAAGAUGAUGCCGCAGAUGUCGCACUGAAAUGUUUAGUCAGUUUUGAUUUGACAACUUUGAUGUGCCUUAGCGAUGCUUUGAUUAAGUAACAAACAAUACAAGCUAAUACAGUACAUUGAGCAUAAUACACUUUUCGCCUGCAUGUGCAGUUUUGAUUUUCUGUUCGUUUGUUUCAAUGAGAAAUAUUUUUGGGUCGGAAAUGCAAAGUGGUACAACUGAUUUCCAUGUUUACCUUCCGGUUGGCAGAGAAUUUGAAUCCAAACAACUACACUGACGUCAAAAGUUACUUCACCUGACGUAUAUAGGGUUUAAGGUAAUAACUCACUUAAUGACGUUUUGAUGAUGAUCAUGAACUAUCCACAAACUUGUGUAUGAAUAAACAUUUUUAAAAAACUGAUUCGUGUUUACAUUUCGUUAGUCGCAUUUUUGAAAUGAAGAGUCUUCUCCAGUGGAAACUUGCUUGGGCAAAAGAACAUGCUAAAUAUACAGUAAAUUUUCAAUCAAUCGAUCGAUCGAUCAUCUCAAGCAAAUUUUAAGAGUCAUGUAUACUUGAUUAAGGCAUCGUCUUUUAUUUAACAUUAACUAUAAAAAUUACGGUAUUAGGAAUCAACAACAAAGAAUAAUAGUAUUCUCUCUUGGAAUCAAGAGCUCGCCUUGGCAUUUUAAGACAUGUAUUUUGUGAUUGUUCAUCCCUUGAAAAAGUAAAUAAAUAAAUAAAUAAAUAAAUAACAUUUAAAAAGUAAAACCAAAUAUUUAAAAAAGGUAUCCUAGUUUACUUUCAGUAAAAGAGUUUUACUUGCGUAAUCUGCGGUUUCAAUACAAUUGUUUUACGUAAAAACAAUAUAGCAAAUGUUUUAACGGUGCUAAGUACUUAUCUUCCUGAAAAUUCAGUGGCAACUGAGUCGGUCGAGUGAUUCUUGCUUCCAAUUUACAUAGGGAAUCCUCUCACUUCAUAACUAUAAUUUUUCAGCACAAUGAUGUUUAGCCAGACGUAGCACACAGAUAAUCACCUAAAAAUAAGAACACUAAACAAAUACCUAAUCAAUGCCUUAGGUACUCCUAGGCCGGAAAAUCCGAUUAUGAUUAGCAAGAGUUGGUGAUCAGGUUUACCACCAUUAAACUUGAACUUGCGACGGGAAAAUCACUUAGCUCGGCUGGCCAGAAGUGGAGGAAAAAGCAAACUGUCAAAACUUUGGUUGCAAACCGACAAGGGGAAACACCUUUUCUGAAGUAAAAAGAGAUUAUCCGGUAACUUUGUGAAAUUACAUUAGAGGAAAUAAAAGUAUAUAAACUGGGUCUCUUUAGUGUCUAGUUAGAGUUGAGUCUUCAUCACACACCAACAGCAUUCUUACAACAAGUUGAACUGACCGAAGAUAAAUUAACCAUGCUGCUUUGUAAAAAGGUGAGCUUUGAGCCUGAAAAGGUACCUUAUUCAGCUGCUUAUUUUAUUUUUAGGAUUUUGACCAGUGCUAGUAUAACUGGCCUUCUCACGAGGAGGUUAGAGUUUGGAGUUGAAAACAUGUUACGACAUGAGGUUAGAGUUUGCAGUUGAAAACACGUAUUAACGGCUCUUUGCCCGUGAUUGGUUUAUCUUUGAGAAAGGAUGGAUCACAUCCCCUUCAAUCCGUUUUGACUGAACUCUCGGAUAUGGCCCUUCUUAAAUAACCCGCUUUAUGAGACAUCUACAUCUGAAGCUAGCGCAUGUUUUUGUCAUAGACAUCUGAAUGUUUUUCUAUCUAUCAUGCAGCACUUAAUCUAGAAAGGUCGAAGCAUUAAUAUCCACUCGUUUUGUAUAUGCUUGCUUCUAAAAAAAAGACAUGUUACUUUAAUGAUACGUCUCUCAAAAUAAAACCUUAUCUAUUCAGUAACUUAUUAAGAGUUCUAACCAAUUGAUGUGUUUACUUUUUUCAGCUUUUCGCUCUGGCAGUGUUUGCAGGUGUCAUUUCUCUGUCUCUUGAAUUGACCUGCCCUGAAUUUCGCCAAAAACCACAAAAAACGCUCAUGCGUCUGCGACGACAUUUUCUUUUCGUCGAGAAACCGUUCACCACGCCGCAGUCACCUGCAACCGUGAAUCCCCGCCGUGUUAGCCGUGACGUCACCGUGCAAACGCCAGGCACCUCAAAGUGCCCCUGGAGCUGGGCCCAAGAUGACAACCCAGAUCGUGUCCCACGGUUCCUGUCCAAAGCUGUGUGUCCUGAUUGUCCUCAUUACUGCCGUUCAGUGUUAUAUUAUCACAGGGGACUGGUGCAGAGAUGUGACGUAUCAACAGGACAAACUGUCUGGAAAUGGACUUUAGUGGAACUGCCUGUGGCAUUUGUUUAUGAUCCAUAAAAUGAUGUCCAUUGAUCUUUGCAGUGCACCUAGCUUAUCCAAAUGCAAAUUACGACGGUCAUAUAAGAUAUAGCCUAUAGUGAGUUUAAGAAAUAGUUAAAAAUUUUAAGGUAACGAAAUUUAACAAUAUACUUUUUCUUCUGGCAAGAAAUAUUUUUUAUACAACAUAUUACUUAUUUAUAUUAUUUAAAAUUCAUUCACCAUUGCGUGAGGAAUUUACAUAAAGAAGAAUUAUAUUCAUUGUUAUUAGAUAAAAUAUUAUUUAUUACCACUGAGAUCUGUACGAGUGAAAUUUAUUUAUUUGAGAAAUUAAAAUAGAAUGAUGAAGAAAAUGAUCUUGCUUGGACAAUUUGAAAUAGUAAAUAAACAGUUGAAACAGAAAAAAAACUGAGGAUUAAAUCUGGGGCAAAAAUUGUAAUUUCCACAUUUGCCUAUUUAUUCACACCCCUUUGGAGACGGACCAAGAGUUUCAUUACUGAAAAUAUGCUUAUUUCCCACCGACAAUGGAUUGGAAGUGCGAUUGUCAGAAAAUAAGUUAGGAAAGAACGAUUUAGUUCGGUCUGACCGUAGGCGGACUUAUAAGAGUAAUAAGAGAACGAGUCCGCAGGUGCAUCAUCCCACCAGUCCAGAAAUUCUGAAAGUAUGCUCAGGUAGUAAACAAACAGUCAAAGGAAUACAAGGAAUUACAAGUCGUGAGACAACAUUACCCGCAUGCAUUGCAGUGCCUUCGCAAGGUUAGAUUUAUAGGGGGGGGUAAUCACGAGCGCCGAGGGGGUGAGGGGGGUCCGGGAGCAUGCUCCUCGGGAAGAUUUUGAAAUAUAGGGUCUCUGAAAUAGCAUUUUGAGCCGUCCGAAAUCAUUGAUCGAAAUCAUUGAUCGGAUAUGUUACUUCAAAGUUGUACGCUUCUUACGAAAAGGUUUAUUACUACAACUUGUCAGCAUUGUAUGACACGGAUGUUUGGUCGGCUUGGAGAGCAAAGACAACUCGGCUAGGCACAUUGUUUGCGGUGACUCUUCCAAACAACUGCAUUCUGUUUUCAUGUUGUAUUGUUUCCAAAGAUUUUUUUGGGGAAAGUUGAAGUUCUAGGGCCAGAUCCACCGGUGCCAGUAAACCAGGUUCUUGUCCUGUGGUUUUAAUGCUUGAAUUCGCUUGUAUGCCAGAUGUUGUCUCUUCACAGUUUUCAUUCUUCUUCGCAGAUGGCAGUCUACCCUGAUAGCAGAGUCUCUUCGAUCUUUCCUAGAUAUUAAGUCGGGAAAUGGGAAAGGGAAAGGGGAAAGAGAAAAGAGGAAAAAGGAAAGAGGAAAGAGGAAGCUGGAAAAAGUUCUAAGUGUCACAAAAAAUGGUUUCGUUUUCUGAGCCCAGCUUAAACCAAAUGCUAGACUUGAGAUCUAUAAAGCAAUUCAGGAUCGCUUGACUUUUCUUAUUCGACAUAUGAUAGUUUGGAUUGGUUGGGAUUCUUAGAUAAGUCAUAUGUAUUGAAAAUACCGGACUGCCGGUCAUUUAGGGUUUUGAAAACCUUGACCGGUUACCGGCCAUGUAGCCACAGCGAUAAAUAAAUAAUUUUAACUUCUUAGGGAAAGUUCAUUUAAUAUGACAAGGGGGGAUGAAGAUAUUGAGGGGGGGUCGAAAAAUUUUUAGACACCCAAAGGGGGGGGCUCUGAAAAAAUUGUUGCGCUAGGAGGGGGGCUCCGAAAAUUUGUAUACUUCAAAACCAACACAUGACAUCAUCAUACAGAUCGGAUGGUUUUCAACUCAACAAUUUAAUGACCUGUGCAACUCAGCUAUAUCACGCGGUUUACAGAUAUAACAA